UGCUACCAGGAACUCACAGCUGCAAGGAACUACUGAAACGCUACUUUUCUGCCAACAAAGUUCAUUUUAUGUUUGUGGAUUUUAAAUAUUUCUCUGAGUUUCCUCGCUCUCAGAUGGUUCUGCAGUACAUGGAUGGAUCAUAAAAGUAAGAGUCAUAUGUCCUGCCUCGGGGGUUUAGUUUUCAUGACUACAUUCAAGAAUGAUCCUUUGUUCUAAAACCAGUGAGAAAUCCUUGGCUUCUAUCUUUUUUGGGUUUAAUGCUUUACUUUUGUUUAGCAAAUAUUUUUCUGCUCAAAGUAUCUAAAGCAAAGACUUUUAUGAAACUUUUGUCUCACUGAUUUUUAUUUCGGCGCAGUGAUAGUCCUCCGAAGCAAACUUCUGUCAUCCUAACAUCAUCCCAACAUGGCUGCUUAUGCACUCGUCACAGAGAACUUUAAGUUUGCAUCUCUCUUCUUUAAGAGUAAAGAUGUGAUGAUCUUCAACGGCCUGAUUGCCCUUGGCACUGUCGCUAGCCAGACUGCAUACAGUGUUUUUGCUUUUCACUGUCCAUGUUCCUCAGGGAGGAACUACCGUUACGGUCUGGCAGCCAUCGGAGUUCCAGCCCUGGCCUUUUUCCUGGUGGGAAUAAUGAUGAACAGGCACACCUGGGACCUGGUGUCUGAAUGUCGGCUAAGAAAGUGUCGAAAGCUGUCUGGAGCUACGGCCUUCGCCCUGUUGGGCAGCAUGGUUGGUCGGGCUGUGGUGGCUCCAGUCACGUGGGCCAGCAUCUCUUUGCUGCAGGGCCAGGCCUACACCUGCGCCCUCAGUGAGUUCGUCCAGCCCGGGACUCUGGACGGUUUCCCCGCAGGUCAGGAGUGCGCGGUGAUGGCAAAAUUCCCGUGUAAAGGAAGUGUUCCACCGGAACUGCAGGGUUUCUGGCCAGAAAUCGAGCGACGGUUAAAGUAUGAAUCCCAGCUGAUUGGCUGGCUGCUGGUGGGAGGAAUGUCUCUGAUGGUUUUCAUGAUUCUUUGUGUCAAACGCUGUACUUCUCCACUCGGCUACCAGCAGGAACAUUACUGGUCCCAGUACCGCUCUAACGAGAAGAGCAUGUUUGAACGGACGGCCUCUGUUCACGCUCGCCUCCUAGCUGCAGAGAACGUCAAGAGCUUUUUUGGCUUUGUGGCUUUGGAGAAGGACGAGAAGGAGCAGCAGAUGGAGCACCAGAGUGCUGGUCCAAUCUGCAGCACCAACUGGAACAGAGUCACUGGCGUUUACCUCUACAGGGAGAAAAAUGGGCUUCCUUUGUACAGCAGGCUCAACAAAUGGGCCACGUACAGCCAGGAGAACGAUGCUGAGGCCCUGGAGAAAGAGAUGGAUGUGCUCAGCUGCUAAGAUAGAUGCUAACAUGGAUGCUGACUGGAUUACUUCUCCCUUAACCACAUCUUAAUAUUUGAUUGUUUCAGGAGCUAUCUGAAAAUGAUGCACAAAUCAUGACUCCUUUGGACAAUACCAUCCAAAAGCCAUAGAAGAUCAAAACCGUAUCAUAAUGUAUUUGUGUGUGUGUGUGUGUGUGUGUGUGUGUGUGUGUGUGUGUGUGUGUGUGUGUGUGUGUGUGUGUGUGUGUGUGUGUGUGUGUGUAUAAGGCAUGUAUAAGAAAUUAAAAACCUCUGGUUAUCUACAAGACAAAGGUCUACAUUUAUUUUGUUAAAUUGUCUGAGCAAUAUACUGGUGACACAAUCUCCGAAACAACUAUAUGAUAGAUUAUACCAUCAUUUUAUCACCAUGGUUACAGUAGAACUAGAUUAUACCAUCAUUUUAUCACCAUGGUUACAGUAGAACUAUAUUAUACCAUCAUUUUAUCACCAUGGUUACAGUAGAACUAGAUUAUACCAUCAUUUUAUCACCAUGGUUACAGUAGAACUAGAUUAUACCAUCAUUUUAUCACCAUGGUUACAGUAGAACUAGAUUAUACCAUCAUUUUAUCACCAUGGUUACAGUAGAAUCACACCAGAAAGCAGGUUCAUACCGUGGGUGAGAACAGGUUUGAUUCAGAGAACUGUUUUUUUACAGAGCCAUGGUUGGCUGGAACUCUUUACCAGUUCAUAUUUCUCAUGUAGGUAGCAAAGAUUGGUUUAAGAUUCAGUUGAAACAAUAUCUUUUAAAAUGUAAUGAAUUAUGAUUUUACAUUUAGAAAGGAAUAGAAUGAAGUUUGAAUAGAAUUACAGGUAGAGUAAACCCUAUCACAAUAAAGGUGAAAAGUGGUCAAGAAUGAUAAGAUAAGGUCAUUUCAGGCAGGUAUUGUUUAUGAAGGUGUUUUAUUUGAUUUCAUUUCUAUGUAUUUAUGUGUGAGACUAAGGGAGAUGUGUCUAUUAUUGUUUUGUUUGUCAUGUAUAAUGUAUGUGUGUUGUGUAUUAAGUGUUCAUGUGCGUGUUGUGUGUGUGUCGGACCCCAGGAAGAAUAGCUAAUGCUGUUGCUAAUGCUAAUGGGGAUCCUAAAUAAAACAAACAAACAAACAAACCUUGACACUUGGAUAACAGUUUUUCUCCGUGGCUUUGGUGCAUUUCUCACCACAGCAUUAAACUUGGCACCACUGCUGAGCAAACUGCAAACAUGAUAGAUAACCUGCAAGAGCCAUUCACUUUCUCUAAAUGGAAAGUCAGUUGCACAAAAGCAAAUCAGCACUUCAAAAUGGGUAGUUCAUGCCUCAAAAGCAAGUAUUUAUGUCAACGAAAGUAUGAAGUUAUGAAACCAG